ACUCAGCGCCGCGCUGUGACAGAAAAUAACCGCUAGCUAAACAGGCUACUCUUAUUUUUUUAAAACCGAAACGACAGAAAUAAUUUCAGCUCCGGAGGAGAUCCGGGUAGUUUGGUGGGCAGAGGAGCGGGAGCGGGUGAACAAUAACGGGGGUCGAUCUGUGACAGCGGCUCGGUGCAUCAUUUUUGGGAUUCCUCCGCUAGCUGCUGGACGAAACUGAAUAGCGGUAACGUGACGUUGUGCAUGAGCGGAAUGAUUUAGGCUUUUUCUGGGUAGUGUUUGUUUACCGAAAUAGACUGGUAAACAACAACAAACUCAUUGAAAGCUGUGUUUUUGUGGCCCUGGAGCACAAGUGGCCUGGACUGGGGAGGACCGAUGGACUCGAUGAUGAGAGUGCAUUUGAAGGGUCAGGUUUAAUUUCUGAUAUAAUACAUACAAAAAUUUGGGUUUUAAUAUUGUUGUAGAUAUUAAUGGACACAAAAUAACCUUCAACUGUGCUGAAUAUAAGAAACUAAACCUUAAUAUUAUUAACAGCAACAGUCACCACCCAUCAGUGUGGAAGGACAGACUGACUUCAUUUCAUCUGCAUAUAUUAUCUUGAGACUGAUUUAAGAUAAAACAAAACUUUUAAGGAGAUUUGAUCUGUUUUUGAGAAUAUUUCCAGUAAAACAUAACCUGCUGAAAACAAUAUAGAUUAUUUUUAGAGCGUAUAUGUCACCAACUGUCAUUUUUGUUUGGAUUUAAAGGUGGAUCUGAAGUUAUUUGUUUUUAAUUAAGUUCCAGCUUAUCUGACUUUUUAAUAGUUUUAAUUUGGAGCUCUUCCCAUUGUAUAUGUAAAGAAAUCUCAAGGACAUACCAAAUUCACAGACCUUUCAGGAUAGCUCAAUAACCUGUCAGUAAAGUGACAAAAACAGCAUCUCCGACCAGUUACACCCAUCAGAGGCUUCACUAGUCCUAACAAGCAACCAACAGCCAUGUUCAGUUGGCUUGGAACCGACGACCGGAGGAAGAAGGAGCCAGAGGUCUUUCAGACCGUCAGUGACGGACUGAAGAAGCUCUACAAAACCAAACUCCUGCCACUGGAGGAGAGCUACAAGUUCCACGAGUUCCACUCCCCGGCUCUGGAGGAUGCAGACUUUGACAACAAGCCCAUGGUCCUACUGGUGGGACAGUACUCCACCGGCAAGACAAGCUUCAUACGCUACCUGCUGGAGCAGGAUUUUCCCGGAAUGCGGAUCGGCCCUGAACCCACCACGGAUUCCUUCAUCGCGGUGAUGCACGGCGACACAGAGGGAGUCAUCCCCGGUAACGCUUUGGUGGUUGACCCCAAGAAGCCCUUCAGAAAGCUGAACGCGUUCGGAAACGCCUUCCUCAACAGGUUUGUGUGUGCCCAGCUCCCAAACCCAGUGCUGGAAAGCAUCAGUGUGAUUGACACACCAGGAAUUCUGUCAGGAGAGAAACAGAGAAUCAGUCGAGGCUAUGACUUUGCGGCUGUCUUGGAGUGGUUUGCAGAGCGAGUGGACAGGAUCAUUUUACUGUUUGAUGCCCACAAAUUGGACAUCUCUGAUGAGUUCUCAGAGGUCAUAAAAGCCCUGAAGAACCAUGAGGACAAGAUCAGGGUUGUGCUGAAUAAGGCCGACCAGAUAGAGACGCAGCAGUUGAUGAGAGUGUACGGUGCCCUGAUGUGGUCACUGGGAAAAAUAGUCAACACACCAGAGGUGAUCCGCGUCUACAUCGGGUCAUUCUGGUCCCACCCUCUGUUGAUCCCAGACAACAGGAAGCUGUUCGAAGCAGAGGAGCAGGACUUAUUCAAGGACAUUCAGUCUUUGCCAAGAAACGCAGCGCUCAGAAAACUCAAUGAUCUGAUCAAGAGGGCGAGACUAGCCAAGGUCCAUGCCUACAUCAUCAGUGCACUGAAGAAAGAGAUGCCCUCUGUGUUCGGGAAGGAGAACAAGAAGAAAGAACUGAUCGCCAGUCUGGGGGAUAUUUACAAACGCAUCGAACGAGAGCAUCAGAUUUCACCUGGAGAUUUUCCUAAUCUGAAGAAGAUGCAGGACCAACUCCAAGCUCAGGAUCUCAACAAAUUCCAGCCUCUGAAACCCAAACUCCUGGAGGCAGUGGAUGACAUGCUGGCCCACGACAUCGCUAGCUUAAUGGUCCUGGUCCGCCAAGAAGAAACCCAGCGUCCCAACCCAGUUGUGAAGGGCGGUGCCUUUGAUGGCACUCUGGAUGGCCCGUUCGGCCAUGGGUAUGGCGAAGGGGCGGGUGAAGGCAUUGAUGAAGCAGAGUGGGUUGUUGCACGUGAUAAACCUGCUUAUGAUGAGAUUUUCUACACAUUGUCUCCUGUCAAUGGGAAGGUGACGGGAGCCAAUGCCAAGAAAGAGAUGGUGAAGUCAAAACUGCCCAAUACGGUGCUAGGAAAGAUCUGGAAGCUGGCAGACAUCGAUAAGGACGGGAUGCUUGAUGACGAGGAGUUUGCGUUGGCCAACCACCUGAUAAAAGUGAAACUAGAGGGACAUGAACUGCCAUCAGAGCUGCCCGCACACCUGGUGCCUCCUUCCAAGAGGAAAAUACCAGAGUAAACGUAAGAUUACAUCACCCCCUGCCCCAAAGCCUGUAAGUAGACAUAUGCCCUCCACCCAGAGAAAAGUAUCCCAAUUAAAAUAGGAAUAUUCCUGUAGCAUUAUAGCAAAAAAAUACAAAUGAAGAGAAUUUGAACAAAUUAGACCCAUUUCCAACUCUCAGUCCCGCUCUGCUGAUGUCACCCCCCAUCUGCAGUCUUUCCUUAGCUUCAAGAGGCAAAUAUUAGAACAAAAUAUUUAGUUACAUUCAAAUAAAAAUGAAUGAACGCAGCUCGACUGUUGGCACGUGGAUUCAAAUGCUACAUUUCAGCAGUGCUGAAGUGGCAUGUACCAGGGAACUGGAUCUCUAUGAGUCCUCCCAUUAAAGUGAAGUCUUUAGUACAGUGUUCAAAGGGAUAAAGUGAAGUUGUAUGAGGUACUCAUCCAUAGUCAGUGUAUUACAUACAGUAGAUGUUGAUUGACACACACCCAGUUUUGGAGAAGCAGGCUGGAGUCCGUCACAGACACUAAGCUAUGUGCUGCUUUGGAUGAGGGCAGCAGCAAAAUGUAUUUUACCCACUUAAAAAAGUCCCAACUAAAAAAAUCUAACAUUUUAAGUGUACGCUACACUGAGAGUAUUUCCACGGCUCUACCUUUCCAUCAGAGAGCCCGUCCUCGCAGAGAUGCCAUUAACAGCUUCAAAUUUCCAUCUAUCCUCUCAUCAAAGCCACCAGACUCUACUGAAAAAACAGUAAUUUGGGCUUGCUGAAAACUGAGCUGCUGGUCUGCUGCUGCCUUGAUCAGUUAGUAAAAUUAAAUUGCUGUCUGAAGGCGAGGCAAAGCGAUGAAAAUAUUCUAACUAUAGCAUACUCUCAAAAUGAUAAAUAUUUUUAGGUGGCUAAGAUACUUUCUGCUAAUGCCAACGUCCACAGUAGUACAUUGCUUAGGGGGUGAUCACACAGAAAUGAGACGCUAGAGACGCGGACGCUUCAAAGACGCUUGAAACGCUGGAAGCGCUUAUUCAAUGCAUGCUAGCUGCUGACGUCUGACGCUCAAAAAGUUGAAAAUAUUUAAACUUUUCAGCGUCUACGUGCGUCUAAAAAGAAGCAUCUAUAAAAACGGCCGUCUAAAAAGACACUUAAAUGCCGGUCAGACGCACCGUAUCAUAGAAAAACAAUGGUUUUAUUGGCAUCUCGUUUCUAGCGUUUCAUCUCAGUGUGAUCGCUCCCCUAGUUUACAUGUUGGAUUCAAGCCUGCUUUUCCAACUUGGGAGCGUGCUGACUGACAACUACUGUGUGUAAUACACUGACCAGAUAAGUACUCCAUACAACCCCACUUCAAAAGAUCUUAACUAUCCCUUUAAGGCUGACAUAUUGGGAGCUGGUAGGUAGGAUAGGUGUUAGAGAUGUUAGGGCAGACGAUAUGGUAAUAGGUAAAGAAAAUCAACUUAAAAAUCUACAACAAGAAACACUGGAGUAGAGCAAAUGUAAGGUGAUCCAAACUACUGGAGGAAAAUGGGAGCGAUGUGACAAUGUGAAGACAAACAGAAAUAGAUUUUCUUGGAAGGAUCAUUCAAGGAGAGGGAAGAUUGGGAUAUGAAACUGCAAAAUAUAAUUGUAUUAUCAUCUGUAGUCAAUACAGAAAACUCAUAUUUGACUGCGUUAUUCCACACAGUGGCCAAAACCAUUUCAUAGUUGUUGCUCCUCGAGCUCCUGUGUUAUUUUUGGUCUCCUGGCACGGCUGAGUAUUCUGGCUUUUGUUUCAUGGCGACAUAUUAAACGGCUACAAGGAUUUCCUGAUGAGUGGCUUGAGAAUACACACAAAAUGUGUAGAAGCACACACACACAGAAAAUAAAAACAAUUCUGGUAAUGUGAUUUGUAACCAGAGGAGUGCAUUAUAAAAAGAAAAUGACCCACAUCAACUUUUUAUAAUUUUAAAUGUGUUAUGCAGAUGUUGAUAUUUGUGUCAAUGACAUCGCCAUCAUUUGCUGUAGCACCUGGAUUGGCCUAUGGCAAAGAAGCAGGAAAAAGUUUCUCUGAUGGGAAACAAGUGUGGGAAAAACUAAGGAUCAGAAGUGGCUUGACCCUUUUAUGAUUUUUACAUAAUUCUAAAUUUCAUUAAAGGAAUACUUCAUCCCCCCCAAAUUACCAUUUGUAUAUCAGUUACUUACCCUGUGUUAUGUUGAAUUUGUGAAGAAAACUUUGUCUUUCCUUGCAAGCCUCCAGUGAACAAAGAAUCCAAUCGAAGUCUAAGGUGACCACAUUCCACAACAGCAAAACUAUAUCAAAACAUCCCUCUACAAACUCACACAACUCAUGCAGUAUAAUACAAGCCUCAUUUAUGAAGUUGUAUGCUCAGUACUUCACAAACAGACAGCCCUAUCGGAUGGGGAAGUGAACUGAAAGUCAAACUCAAUGUUCUCUUCAAAGCCACACUCCAUCGACAAAAACAGUAAUUUUACCUCACUGAACACAGGACUUGUGUGAAUCUGACGUAUUACUUAAAACACAAAAGUCACACAAUAACACACACAAACUAACUGAUGGAGGCAGCUGUAGACCAGCAGCUCCUGUGUUCAGUGAGGUAAAAUUAUGGGUUUUGUCAAUGGAGUUUGGCUUUGAGGAGAGCAUAGAAAUGUUUCACUUUCUGUACAGUUCUCCCUCGGAAAGGGUUGUCUAUUUGGGAAGCACUGAGCAUACGACUGCAUAAAUGAGACCUGGAUUAUACUGCAUGAGUUGUGUGAGAGUUUGCAAACGGAUAUUUUGAUGUAAUUUUGCUGUUGUUUUAACUUGGACCCCUAUGACUUAAACUUAUCAAGAAUUUUCUCAGUUUUUGGAUUCUUCCUCCACCAUGGAGGCAUGUGAGAAAAUCAAAGUUCUCUUCACCAACUCAAAGUAACACAAGCUGAGUAACUGAUACACAAAUGAUCAUUUUAAGGUUGAAGUAUUCCUUUAACAUGUAUGGAAAUACUGUGACUAUAACAUGGAACUAUAUAACGAGUACUGUCCGUACAAACGAGUGUGCGGACAUUCUCAGUAUAAAUGUAUUUUCUGGAAUUUGAUUGUUGAAUGUGCAGACGUUCACGGUUCUGUGUGGGCACAUCCUGACUAUUCUAUGUACGCAUAUGACCACAUGUAUCAGUGUUAUUAUUUGUAACGUAUAUAUGUAUCAAGUCUUAAGCAUCUCACAGGCGACUGGGUCAGUGGAUGAACGUGUGAUUCAGUCACUGUUCACCUUGUCUAAGUGAUCUAAUCUAACCUAACCUGGCAGUCCAGAGUGAACACGCAGCUGUUCGCUUCUUUUGUGAUGAUAACAAAACACUAAUCGACAUAUUGUUCAAAUGAAAAUCUGGCUUUCCAUUUUAUGUUUUUAAAUUGUAUACAUGUAAUGAAUAUAAUCUGAUUUACUGUAGCGAUAUGCCAGUAUAUAUGUAUUUAUACUUCACGUUAGGACUAUGUUUGUGGUUGGUAAGUCUUGAUCUUAAUAUGAAACACCAAACUAAGUAAAUUUGGGUUCCCAUAUGAAAAGAAAUGUUCACUGUGUUUUAUGAGUGGGGCAGUAUUCAGUAUACACAAUUGACUUAACUGAAAUAUUUCCAGUUUUCCCACAUGCGUGCCCCUCCCUGUUCGUUUCUGUGCAAUUACUGUGAAUCUACUGUACAUAAAAAAAGACUGUUUGCAUUCCAUGAACACAGAUUAGGAAAUCAUCCACAGUAUCUUGGGUGCUUUAUGCAUCACUUGUUCACAUUUCAUCAACGAGCCAGAUCAGAUCAACAGAGUAAAUAUAAAAAAAAAGGAUUCUUGUUGAAUGUGGUAUUCUCUGCAAAACAAAGUCCUUGAGCUUCACAAGUUGUUUUCAUACCCUGACAGAUUGCAACUUGAAGUCCUGUGUACUGGUGAAAACAUUAAGUGGAAACACUGGCGUUAUGGUAUUUUUUCUGUUUUAAGAUGGUUUAUGCAUUGCUAAAUCUGUACUUCACUGCUUUUCUGUCGACAUAAACAACAGUUCCAACAGUGUAAUAAAAAUUAAUUUACUCAA